AUGAAAAUCGAACGCUCUGUUCGGCUUUUAGUAAAAAGUCUACUGUUUGUAUAUUUGUUUUCUGUGAUCAUACAGGAUAAUGGAGUUUUAGCUCGCAAAGUUCCAAAGCAACAAGAGAACUUAGUGCAAAGUGUGUAUAAUCACCACGUUCGUCCAUUGGGAACUGCUGUUCAUUCACAAUUUGCAAAAGCAACGCCCCCUUUGUUUGAUGGUGCUAAACAAGCUAGAGAUGAUGUGAAAUCUUACUAUGACAAGCAUGCUAAGCCCAGCCUUGACAACUUUCAUGACAAUAUGAAGAAGUCUGGCUAUUUUGAAAUUCCUAAGAAUUUAGAAAGCUAUGGAAAACAGACUUGGGAAGCUAUUUCAAAUGUGAAGAACAACCAAAAACUCCAUAAACUUUGCGUUGAUGUGAAAACGAGAACUUCUAUUACCUAUACAGAAAUUGUCGUUCCCGCGACUGAAAAGUUCAUUGCCCAAAUUCAAAUAUAUGCAAAAUGGAUUUCUGAAAAAGUUUACGAGCUUUGGAUUAAUUAUAUUAUCCCAAAUUAUCAGCAUUACAAGCCAAUUGUUCGUAAAAAGAGCAUUGAUGGGUAUAUGGAGUUUCGCUAUGUAAUUCUUCCGUAUUUAAACUCUUCCUUUUGGCAAAUGAUUAAUGUUUUGUCUUAUAAUUUGACUUCUUUCUGGAACAUGCACAUGCGUCCUCAGCUACAACAUAUAUAUGAAAGCGUCUUGCAUGAAAAUUCCGAAAACUAUGCUUCUUCUACAACAGCUAAAAUGGUUAGUGAUAUCUCAUCGUCUAUGCUUUCUACCCCUGUUGCUUCCACGACUGCGAAUCCUAUUAACAAACUUGCCAUUGAACAAACUAUAACUCCUUCAUAUCCCGAAGACAUUGUUUCAUCUAGCAAAACGGUUGGCCCUGAGUAUGAUCAAAGAAGCUGCAUUAGCAAUACUUUUGCUCACCUUAGCCAAGAGUUUGAUAGCAUUGAAAGUGAAUUCGGUAACAACAUUGAAGAACAAUGGAAGCAAUCGUUUCAUAAUACGAACGAGUACUUUUCCAAAGAGUUAAAGUCUUUUGAGGAGCUAUCGAAUCUCCGGGUUUUGGCAAUUGAAAACUCACUGGGAAAUUUAGUGUUCCGUGCUCAAACACUUGGUUAUGAUGAUGCGGUCACUGAGUUAUUAGCAGGUGUAAAAAAGGCGAUUUUGAACACUCAUGAACGAGCUGUCGAGUUGCGUAACCUUGCAGAAAUACUUCAGAAAGAUAUCGUUGACCGUGUGGAGUCUAGUGCUGAUUUUAUCCGCAAUCAAACAUACUCAUCUUUCCAAGUUGCUGUGGCUGCUUGUAAUGGAAAUAUUCAUGAUGAUGAUGAGAAAGUAAGAGAAUUAACGCCCGUAUUAGAUAAAGUGCAUCGUUUUAUGGAUUCCACGGUGAAGGAUAUGAAUACGAAGCAAAGCUCAUUAAUGGAGCAAAGAAAGCGCCAAUACCUAUCUAGAAUCGGAAGCAUCGCCUCCGACACGAUUCGUCGCUUGACAGCAAUAAAAAAUUCCCAUAAGGUGAAAAUAAAUUCCAAUAUUGACACAGAACUUUAUGAAGUGGAACCUACUUUAGCUGAUCAAACUCAAAAGAUUAUUGAAAUAAACGCCGAACAUGCGCACUGCGAUGAUAUUUCUUUGGGUACAGCUUCUUAUGAAUUGCAUGAAGCUGUCACAGGCGUUCCUUCUCCGGUAGCUGACAAAAAACAUUUAAACGCAGAAGUCAGUCACUCUAGUAAGCAAAACGAUGUGCCAACGAGUUCACCCAUUAAAGUGCCAGGAGACGAUACUGUCAGUCAAUCUAUCGUUGAAGAGAGUAUUCCCACUUUAUCUGUUAGGGAUACUAGGAAAGACGAAGAGAAUGUUUAUUCAAUUUUGCCUAUUCAAUAUGACGAAAAAGAGCAAGCAAAGGCUGUUCCUACUCCUUCUGCGGGUUCACAAGAAAAAGAGGAACCUGAAAGUGUUUAUUCUAUUCUACCCAUUGAAUAUGAUGAGAAGGAACAAGAGAAUGUGUUAUCAACGGUUUCUGAUGAAUCUAAAGCGAAACACCACGGUCAUCCUACCGGUUCUGCCCAAGACAAGAAGGAUGAAGAGCAAGUUUACUCAAUUUUGCCUGUGGAAGUGGAUGAGAAAGAUGUUGAACAAUUUUCUUCCGAUUUUUCUAUAAACAGUGGCACACCAACUUCAAAAACUGGCUAUGCGACAGUACCAGUCGAGGUGCCGGAAGAGUCUGUGACGGAUAAUUCUAAUAAAUUUGACGCCGAACAUCGUUUCGACUAA